AUGGCACAAGCAGUGGCAAAUUAUCGAUCGUCAGCCAGAGGAGAGACCACAAAGCGCCUCAUCGCCCAGCUGGUCAAUGAGCGAUUGGCGACGCUGACUUUGCUCCAUGCCACCGACCGGCCUUGGGCACGCAUCACAGGUCCAGGCGACACGUCCCGGUGGAUGAUUUUGCCCGUCACUGACGGAUUCAAUUUGUCGAAACCUCUUCGGCCGAAUGAUUUUGGAACCCCCGUCACCCUCUGUGCAAAUGGCUCGGAAUCCAAGGAGGAUGACCCCGGCUCUAUCUUCGCCUUCUGCACUUCAUGGUUCCGCUGCAACGAGAAGACAGCAUCGUCAAUCAUUGACGAGCUUCGCAACUCGGCGGUGAUGCUAGAGAAAUGGAUGCAGCUUGGGUCUGCUUGGCCUACACUUAACAUCAACUCCUCGUUUUUGGACUGGGAGAGAUGCCUCGUCACCGGUCAUCCGACGCAUCCGUUCCACAGGACAUGCUUUGCCCAUGGCCUUGUGCAGCCUGUCAAACCAGAUGACAUACCAAACAUGUUGAACCCGGCCCUUUCGUUCGUCGCUAUCCCGAGAUCCUCAGUGCGGCUCUUUGGACCGUUUCAAAAACUCUUGCAGUCUUUGUUGAGCCUCUUCGACAUUCCCUCGUCUGAUCCUGAGAUAGUGGUGCCCUGUCUCUCACAACACCUUCCGGCCCUGCUUCAUUUCUUCCCUGAAGCAACCCUGAUCAAGACCGUCGCCAAUCGAGCGGUAGCCCAGGCCGCUAUCCGAACAGUAUCUGUGCCUGGGUACUCAUACGACCUCAAGCUCUCGCUUGCCUGCUUGAUCACUUCUGCCUUACGUGUUCUGCCAUGCUGGUCUGCAGCUGCGGCCCCCACCAUGACCUCGCUUCUGAAGAAGCUGAUUCCGGACAACCUCUGGCUGUGUGGAGAGGUGGCCGCUGUUACCGGUAGCCAAAGCGACGCGAGCGAAGCACGGUACAUGACUUGCAUUUUGCGGGAGAACCUGGAGUCCAGGGCCAAGGCGAACAAUGAGAUGCUUGUUUUGGCCGCUGCGUUGAUGGAAAGGCCAGGGGGUGGUCGUCGGACUUACGCUGAGAUACUCUGGAACCUCAAAACAAUAAAUGACAGAGCUGUAUGGUUCACAAAAUACGUUCGCACCCUUCUGCAACUUUCCUUGGAUCCAUUGGCACGGUACGGAAUUGGGUUCGAGUUCCAUGCGCAGAAUUCCCUCGUCCGAGUAUGCCGACGCACCAAGGCCAUCAAGGGGUUCGCUAUCCGUGAUCUGGCCGGCGUCAAACUUCACGGCCCGACACUCGAGGCGCAGGGAUUCGACCUCACAAACCUGGAAGCCACAGCCACGGCUGAUGCCCACGCAGUUUGGAACAGGGUGCACCACGCACUCAUUCAGAAUCAUAUCGGGUACAUGCUAUACAGCCUGGGACUCGAGGGAGACCACGAUGGGUGGCAGAUUGUCCGCUACGAGCUUGGGCGGGCUCUUACCGGCCAUGACGAGUCGGCACAACAGAUGGUCUACCGACAUUUUACGAAGGAGACAAUGCCGUUUAAAUCCUUCAUCCGAAUGAGGAUGGAGGCAUCGCUUAAGAGCUCUUUUAGUGUUCUUGACCAAGAGGUGCCCAACGUGCUUUGGAAGAAGGGUCCCUGGCUUCGUCAAGUAUCGUUGGGUGCUAGCACGAUCCCCGGGAUAUUUGUUUCGCCCGAGGAUGCCGGCCAAGACACCCGGGUCAUGGAAGACAAAUGUAUUCAAGAAGCCCUUGUCCGCAACACUGCUCCAUACGGACAGGUUCCCAGGGCCGCCGUGCAACUCAACCCUCACCCCGCGGUCAUCCCAAUGAAGUUCUUAGAGGACCUCAACCUGUUCCAACAGGCACUAGCAGUUGCACUGGUCGACCUUGUCGACAGGUGGUGGACGGAUGAGGAAGCUGACUUUCCCAGUCGAAUGCCACUUGAGCCUCGGGCAGAGUCUCUCCUUCGGUGGGUGGCUAGGGGCUCCGAAGAAGGGUUCAUCCGGCCCUACAAAGGAAAUCAAGGCAGCCUGAGACCAGAUGUGUUGAUCCCGGUUAGCAACACUUCCUCCGCCUUUCAGUUCCGAGUUUGUGAGUUCAAUGGCAGGUUCCCCAUCAACUUUCUUCACUACGCAGCUAGCGCCUACGAAGCGCUUGCCGACACCAAAUGGGAAAAUCCGGCCCUAAGAUCAGCGUCCGACUACGCAAGUCUCUUCGACAGUCUGUUCCAGCUGUUUGAUCCCUCGGCCCCAAUUCACUUUCUCAGCGAGUCCUCAGACUUUCCACCCGACAGCGCCCUCUUCGGCUUGGUGGAACACCGCACCGGAAUGAGACCAAGAUCGGUCAAGCCUUCAUCCCUUCGUCUCAUAGCCAAUGAGACCGCCCCGACAGGAUUCGAUUUGUACUGCGAGACUGAUGUCCACGAAAGCAGAGACAGGCCGCCUCGGGAUCUGAUCACCGUGGACGGUCACGUUUUGGAAAAGGUCCAUCAAGUGGGAUUCCAGCUCUACGAUGUCGAGCUCUUCGCCCUGGAGCUAGAAAUGAUUCGGCAGAUCGCCAUGCGCAGCGUCAACGACAUGCGGACUGUCUUCAUCGCACAUGACAAGAGAAUGCUCGGCAUCAUACGUCAAGAGCUCGAUGCUCUCGUGCAUAAGCACAAGGUCAUCACCCCAGACCAGGCCAAAAUCCUGCGCGACGGCAUCAUCCCCACCAUCAUUCCUGGCUCUCCAGAGCUGCGCCAGCUUGCCGAGAUUAAUCUGAGCACAAACCACCUCCACAAAGACGACUUCAUCUUGAAACCGUUCCGACUGGCGCGAGGGGCAGGAAUCGUGCUCGGCAAACACCUCUCUACCUCUCAGUGGUCCUCGAUCCUCGAGUCCAUGCAAAAAGUAGAUUUUGACUCCUCGGCAACACAGUAUCUGCUGCAGCCUUUGCUUCCGCUGCAAUGUGUCGACUGGUUCUGGGAUGAGAAACGAGGAGUGAGAAAGAGUCGGAUGGUGGGCACUUAUUUUUCCGUCAACGGGCAAUUCAUUGGGUUCGGGCCAUGGAGGACAGCGGCUGCGUCUGAGAAUGUUAUUUCUGCUUCGACCAAGGAUGUCACAGUGGUUAUGUCGGUAGUACGCCUAGAGCGAGAUGAGUAG